AUGGCGCCUGGAAUGUCCCUCUUCUCGGUCAACGCCGUCAUCAUCCUCAGCACCGACGACGGCUCCCGCAUCUUUGCCAAAUACUACGCCCCGCCCCACCAAGUGCCAGGCACAACCUCCAAGGAAAACCCCUACGCCGACGUCAAGUCGCAGAAGACAUUCGAGAAGGGACUGUUGGACAAGACGGCCAAGCAGAACGGCGACAUUAUUCUCUACGAUAACAGGAUCGUGCUGUACAAGACCGAAUCAGAUGUCAUGGUUUACGUGGUUGGCAGCGUCGAGGAGAACGAGGUUCUUCUGUACAACACCAUCCUUGCGAUCCGCGACUCCCUCCACCUCCUGUUCAAGCAAUCCGUCGACAAGCGGACCAUCAUCGAGAACUACGACCUGGUCUCCCUCGCCAUCGACGAGAUCGUAGACGCAGGCAUCAUCCUGGAGACCGACCCGACCAUCAUCGUCCAGAGAGUCAGCAAAGCCCCAACGCAAGACGUGAAUCUGAGCAGAAUCGAUCUGAGCGAGCAGGGAGUGAACAACCUGGCGCAACUAGGAAAGGCGAAGCUGACGGACUGGCUGCGACAAGGAUUGUGA